GGCACAACAAAAAAGAGAUAGAGAACUCCCCUAGAUCGAAAGAAAGAAGAUGGCGGAUACUCUGCGGCGGAUGUUGGAAAGCGGAAAGUUAACGGACGAACAAUGCCUCUCUUUUUUGAGGGGAUUAGAUUUCGAUAAAGAAGCCAAAGUAGUGGGUGGAUGCACAUCUGAGAUCACCCCCGUCCAUAGUAGGGAAAGGGAAAAGAAAGCAAUUCAAGGAACAAAUGAGGAAGAAGAAGCUGUCGACAACCGGAAAUCUCUGCGGCAGUUGUUGGACAUCCGGAAGCUAUCUGGUGAAGAUAGGUAUUUUAUUAUUCGCCAAUUGGAUGAAGAAGGGCUGGUAGUAGACACAAGAUACCUUUGCCAAAUCGCAGAUACUCAGGGUUUCGAUUUCGAUCCAGACGUUCCUAUCCCACGUCUUAAAGGAAUCUCACCAUUUUAUUUUGGCGAAAACGAAGAACAACCACCUGCCGAAAUGGUUCUCUACGGCCGGUUGGGAGUUCAUUGGUUCAACUUUGAGCAGAAAAGGAAGUUGGAGUUCAUACGCAUACCAAAAUUGAAUACCGAACAUCCCUUUUCUUUUUCUUACUUUAUUACUGUCGAGGUUAAAGAUGUUGAUGCUGCUGCUGCUGAUUCUCUCACUUUGCAAACUCUGGUCAGGAGACCUUUCUUUCCCCAUAUGAAACUCUACAUGGAACGCUGCAGAAUCAAACCCACAAAAGCGGAAAGAGAUCCCGAGUUUAACAUCUUCCAUGCUUAUGUAGUAGAUGAGUUUUACCAAGGAUGUAUGCCUACCUUUUUGUCGGAACUACCAGAAGAAGCUGAUGAUGAUGAUGGUGUUAGAUUCUACGAGGUUCAGGCCAAGGACAUUGAUAAUAAUGAUUGGCUUCGUCUCUAUACCGAGUUUGCACUUUUCCAAGUUUGCGAGGCUGGAUCUCAUUCUUUCCUGCCCAAGGAGAUGAAGAUAAAGAAGAUACUUGUGGAAACCCUAGAAACUCAUACUGAGCCGUCUCUGAAGCUAGAAUCUUUGAAUGCUAUCUUCCACAUAAGCUUCAGGGCCAACAGUUGCGACUACACAUCGGUAGUAAGGAGAACUACAGAUUGGAUUCCAGGACAUAUGUUCCUCGAAGUCGAAAAUUUCUCUCGAGAAGUUCCUUCAUGAGAGGAUCAAAGUUGGUCGUAAAGACGGUGCACUCGGUGACUCUGUUACAAUCAGUCGUGAGAAGAACAAGAUCACUGUCACUUCUGAUGGGAAAUGUCGUUUAGCUAUCCUAUGCUUUCUAAUCCACUUAACUAUAUCUAUGAUCUUGUAUUUGUGUUCUAUCGUAUCAAACACUUAACAUUUUGUUUGUGUGUUUCUGUUGACGAUUUCUAUGUAACGUGAUGUUGUUGUGUUUUAAAUUUGUCUUUUAUCAUUUUCCUACACGUUGCAACUCUAAUCAAACUUUGCCGUUUGUUCUCUUUUCGUUGGAAUCUUUGAAACACAGAGAAGAUAAUCAAAUCAUGUUCAUAAC